UCCAAUACUUCCUGCUGAAAAGAGGAAAAGCUACCUAUUUGGGCUGAUAAGUUUAAAGUUGUACCCCUCGCAUAUAUCUGCCCCUUCGAAGACAAAGACCUGACAACCCAGCGAGAUGUCCCUACAUAUUCCACAAAGAGAGGUACGACCAAUCACAGCUGUUGCCUGGACUUCCAAUACCAGCACUUGUCCCAAAGAUUUCACAUUGAUAAGCUUAACAGAAGAUGGAGCCGCCGCCAAUUUUACUCGUAGCUUUGCAAUGAAGUCUGGCUACUAUCUUUGUUACACCAAGGAUUUAACUGGUGGUAUGGUAGUGUCAGAUGUUCAAAUUAUUUCAGAUAAAGACUCAAUUCCCCAUGGGUACUGUUACAUCACAGAGCACCUUGAAGCAAAGGCCACUGUGUCUAAGAAGAAGCGGGUUUGUGUGCGUCUUGUCCCCGUAGGCAGUGUAGACACAGCUGUCUUGGAUAUUAAACUAACAGCAAAAAGCAAAAUGAUGUUACAGCACUACACAUAUGUAGGGGAUAUCCAUGGUUAUGUUUUGUGGUGUAAAAAAGGGCCUUUUUCGUGCCCAGUGCCCCAAGCCAAACCCAGAAGAGUCAGCUUAGACAUUCAAAAACUCUCCCUGGACCAACCGACUCCUCUUUUGCCUCUCAAACCCAGUAACCUCCCUCCACUGCCACCUGGAAGACUGAGUCACAGGCGACACCACCUCAAUGUGAAAGAUGAGAUCGAUAAGCCAGCGGAUGGCAGCCUUCAUGGAAUCACAGCACUGGAUGGAGUCCCCUUCAGUCUACAUCCAAAGUUUGAUGUUCCAGCCAAUGGCAACGGUCCCCAUCUGACCUCUCAGUUAAACAGCAUUCGUAUCAAGUCCAUUCAAGACAUUGAGAAUGAGUAUAACUACACAUUUACAAUUGAAGAAAAUGCCACAAAGAAAACCAAGGCCUCAUAGAAAUAUUUACUUGUUCAUCCAGGCACUUGUGAAAUCCUUCCUGGUUCCAGAUUUAAAAGCUUUUUAUAUGGAUAUCAGGAAUUUUGAUAAUCGGUAUACUUCUAAAGCCAAGUAAAAAUGGGCCUUUUGAGGUUGCAUUAUGUAUUUUUAAAUUUAUUAUACUGUGUGUGCCCAGAUGAAUAUGGACCAAAUGCGACGUACGUGAAAUGUACAAUUGGUAUAUUUAUACUGAAUAGAGAAACGCCUUUUGGUUGAUAUCUGUAUCUGUAUUGAUUUAAGCCAUGUGUGCUUUUGUAAGUUUAUUUCCUAUAAAUUACAAUAACUUAAAUGUUACACUACUCCCAUCAAAACGGUUUACUAACUGAUGAUGCUUUUUUUAAAUUACCGCUAAAUAUCUACAUUUGCAAUACUCUUUUAUUGUUAUUAAGUGGUGAUUUAUUUGAAAUGUAUACCUGCUGCUUUUUAAAGGUCAAGGAUUUUUUACUUUCUCUACAUAUAAUACAAAAAUUUGAAAAUAAUGUAAUUAUUUAUUUACUUAAUUUAGCUGGCAUAGUGAUGUCUAUUAAUGCAGUUUCAAUUAUUAAUCAUCACCAUAAUUAACCAAAUAAAACGAGUUUAAUAAAAUAUAUCAGUAGUAAACUAGGUCUGCUUAAAUAGGGCCUAUUUAAAAAAAAAAAAAAAAAAAAAAAAAUCUGUCUUAAUUUAUUCACGUUUCUGUAAAUGAUAUGGGGAAGACUUUAAUCUCAUCUUAAUGUUAUCCAUGUGUUUGUUAUAUAUUUUUAUGUAAGAUUUUGAUGCAUGAUGAGAAAAUAAAGGUAUCUGUUCUUAUUA